AGGCGUGUGCAUAGCACAGCCAACAUUGACUAUUCUCUCUCUAUUUCUCUCUCCAAACACGUUCGAAUAACCAAAACUAAGUUAAAUAAGAGAAAAGAAACGCAUUUCUUGUUCUUCAUGCUGUGCUGUAGCAUCUCUAUUCUUCUUCCAAUUCCACCUACCGCGAUUUAAUUCCUUGCUUCUUUUGUCCCUUUCCUCUUUCUCUCUCAUUAUUCUCUUUGGUUUCUUCGCUCUCUUAGAAAUUCUCGUGCUUCCUUCGCGUGUGUCUCUUUUAACCUCCGAUAGGUACCCAUCUGCGGCUUCCGAUUUCGGGAUCCGCUAAAUCUGCAACAAAACAAUGGAUUUCUUCUCCAGAGAUAUAAAUGAGGAUUCCAUUCUUAGAUGUCCAUUCCUGAGGAACAUCAAUGAGCCUACUAACUUGUCAUUCUCUUCAUCAUUGGCUUUUCCGGUGCCUGUUCGUGGGACUAAAGGUCCAAUUUUUGAAGAUGGUCCCAAUUUUGAUCGCGCAUUUAGGCUUUUCCAUGGUAGUGAUGGUGUAGUCCCCUUAUCUGAAGGGUCUUUUCAUCGUUCAGAGGAAGUACAGCCUAAGCCUCCCACAUCCCAGUUCAAUCCCUUAGCAGCAAAGGCAGCAACUAUCAGUCUAUCAUCAUUUGGAUUUGGAUGGCCUUUCAGUUUUGAUUCAUUUUCUGAGAAGUGGAACAAUCAGAAGAGAAAAUCUAAAUCUUCAAGAAAAGAACCUUCUUCACAGGAUAGUUCAAAGCAUGAGGCAAUGAGCGAUGAAUGGCUGCAAACUGGGAACUGCCCUAUUGCAAAGUCAUACCGAGCUGUUAGCAAUGUGCUUCCACUUGUUGCCAAGGUUUUUCAGCCUCCUCCUGGCAUGAAAUAUAAAUGCCCGCCAGCAGUAGUUGCAGCCAGGGCAGCUCUAGCUCGGACUGCAUUUGCAAAGAACCUCCGACCUCAGUCCCUACCCACAAAAGUUCUUGUGAUUGGGAUGUUGGGAAUGGCAGCUAAUGUUCCCUUGGGAGUUUGGAGAGAACAUACCAAGAAAUUUUCACCAUCAUGGUUUGCUGCUGUCCAUGCAGCUGUUCCAUUCAUAGCAAUGCUUAGAAAGUCUGUUCUGAUGCCUAAAUCAGCCAUGGCUUUUACCAUUGCUGCUUCAGUUUUAGGGCAGGUGAUUGGAUCUAGGGCGGAGAGGUACAGGCUGAAGGCUGUGGCUGCAAGAAAAUUGGCUCUAACAGAAGCUUCUGACAUCUCUGUGAGCACGGAAACCUCUGUCAGCUCAACUCAAUUACAAGUGAUUAAACCGAAAGAGAGACACUGCAGUGAUACUGUGAACUGGAAUGCAGGUAGCCUUCAGCUGGCCGGACCCUCAUCAACAGAUGUAUUUUGCUGAUGAUUAGUAUGUUCAUUGUGCAAUCGCUUCUGUUUGCAGAGUGUGUUUUCUGUUAUUAUCUUUAUAUUGAUCCAUUUUCACCAUGUAUGCCUCUAGGUAAAUGAGAAAAUAAAAGCAUACAUUUUCCCCUUGAGGCUGUUUCCAUUCCUUAUAUUAUCGAUACUCUAUUUCAACAAUGCUUCAAUUUGUUCCAAGUGUCAUGAAUGGAAUUUGUAGGCUAUGGUUUGCCAAGCCAUUUUCCAUUUUUAAAGAGAGUGAAUGCGAAUAUUAGUUUUUGUAA